AUGCAUCAAAUACCAAUAAUAGCUCACGGAUUUAAUCACCAAUCUUGUUAUCGGCAACCAAUGUCGAAUCUGAGGCAAAUUCAUGAAGUCGUAUCGAAUCGAAAUAGUGUAAAUCAACAAAUCGACAGUAGUACAUCAAGUUCAUUUUCUUCAGUUUCGAGUUCGCAACCUAUUUUUGAACAUGUAAAUUUAGAGAAACAAAUUAAUUCAACAUCAAAUAAUAAUAUUCAACAGCAUAUUGGACUAAAUCAAGAUUCAAAUGGAAUUAACCAUCAUGUGAAAAACAUGAUUAAUAAUCAAGAAAAUGGCUUUGCAACAGAUUUAUCAGAUGCAUCUAACACUAAUAAUACUUUCAGACGACAAUCUAGAACUACAAAUAAGGCGCCCAACAUAAAUCAAAACCGAUUUUUAUCUAGACAAUCUAGUCUAGACAGUAGAUCUAAGACUGAUAGUAUCUCAUCACAAGGUUCAAUACCAUUAGCUACUGCACAUUCAGCUAAUGUUUUACAUGAUUCUAUUCGACGAGAACGAAAAGCUCAUACAAUGGCUCCAUUAACUCGAAUAUCAGGACCAAUUUCUUCUGUAAAAUCAAAUAUGUUUGCUAACAUUGCUGCUCCAAAUAUUGCUCCACCAAUGAAAUCGUCUUCUUUAACACAAAUAGUACCCAACAACGCAUAUGGUUUUUAUUCUCAGCCAGGUAUUGAAAUGAAUGGUGCUGUUGACAACAGAUAUGGAGGAGGGGAUGAUAAUGCUCCAAUUAUUGUGAAGGUUCGUUAUGAUCCAGCCACUGGUGGACCACCACCUGAAGCAACUAUUCGACAAUUAAUUAACAAUAGAUUACAAACACACUCUAAUAAAAACUUCGCUAGCGAGCCAAUCAUUCUUAAUUUUAGUGAUGAUAAUAUUAAUUCUCUAGUUCCACAAGGACCAACUAGACCACAACAACUAUAUUCUAAUCAACGUGUUGGAUCUGUUUCUCCAUCAACCAGGCAUCCACAUCUCCAAAUAUCUACUCCUACACCAGAACAAAAAUUUCAAUUCUUACAACAAAGACAACAACAAAUGCAAUUACGACAAAGACAACAACAAUUACUGUUACAACAAAAGCGACAACAACUGCAGUUGGAACAAAAGCAACAACAACAACUUCAGUUGGAACAAAAGCAACAACAACAAAGGCAAUUACAACUACAGCAACAGCAACUUCAAUUGCGACAAAAAGAACAACUACGCCGACAACAAUUAGAACUGCGACAAAGGGAACAAUUAAAACUACAGCAACAAAGGCAACAAUUAAAACUACAGCAACAAAGAGAACAACAACGACUACGACAAGAACUUUUACGACAACAGCAACUGCAAAACCAACGGUUACAACAAUUUCUACAACAACAGAAUCAGCAACAACAACAAAUUCAACAAUCAGAGCAACAACAGAGAUAUCGACAACUAUUUCAGCAACGGCAGCAACAAACCAUUCAACAAAAACACCGAAAUCCUUCUCUUCCACCGAUGGGUCCACGAUCAUCGCGACCUAUUGGCCCUGUUGGAUCUACGGCUAUUAAUCGGUCAUCUUCUGUAUAUGCGCACAACAGGGACAUUCAUCCAAUACAAUCUGUUCCAAUUUUUCCAACGCCUUUAAAAACUUCAAACAAUAUCUCAAGCGUUAAUCCACAACGAUUACCUUAUCGAAAUUUCAGCUUAUCACAACCCAGUAGUCCUAUACCAAGAGACAUUGGUACAUUCAAGAAUUAUCCUCGUAAACAGCCACCAAGUCUCUUUAUACCAAUCAAUUUCGAAGCAGCUGGUGAGCAACAAUCAAUACCAAUACCAGUAAACCAUACUAGCAGUCCUUAUAAUGCUUCACCAUAUGGAUUACAAAGAUCAUAUACUGUACCCCUUGCUACUGAAAUAUAUCGACCAUCAUCAGCACUCGACACACCUGAAUUAAGUCAAGAAAAUCUUCUCGACAUGCUCAAUCAAAUUCCUGACUUACAUGGUCGUCAAUUUCAUAUUGAGUAUGCUGAACCUACUGAACCUGAUGGUUAUCCAAUUCCAUCACAGUUCGAUAAUGAUAAUGAUAAAUAUCCUGUACCUGUUGUUGUUGAUCAAUUACCAAGCGAUAUUAUUCAACAUGUAAGAAGUAGUAAUAAUCAUGCACUUCAAGUUGCAUUAGAUCUAGCUGAUCAAGUAGACCAAAACUUUCAACCUAUCAAUCAAUCUCAACAAAGUGUACAGAAAUAUCAUUCAAUAUCAUCAGACAGUUUAUAUAAUACUACUGAUGUAUAUUCAUCUGUAGAAGCAACUCUAACACGGAAUCGAUACAUAUAA